AUGGAGAACAACACAGAAGUGACUGAAUUCAUCCUGCUGGGAAUAACCAAUGCCCCGGAGCUCCAGAUCCCCCUCUUUAUCUUGUUCACCCUCAUUUACCUCAUCACUCUGGCUGGGAACCUGGGCAUGGUGGUGCUGAUUCUCUUGGACUCCCGUCUCCACACUCCCAUGUACUUUUUCCUCAGUAACCUGUCUCUGGUUGACUUUGGUUACUCUACAGCUGUCACUCCCAAAGUCAUGGCUGGAUUACUUAUAAGAGAUCAGGUCAUCUCCUACAAUGCAUGUGCUGCUCAAAUGUUCUUUUUUGUAGGCUUAGCCACUGUGGAAAAUUUCCUAUUGGCCUCAAUGGCUUAUGACCGCUACACAGCAGUGUGCAAACCCCUCCAUUACACCACCACCAUGACAACAAGUGUAUGCGCUCAUUUGGCCAUAGGCUCCUACCUCUGUGGUUUUCUGAAUGCCUCCAUUCACAUUCAUGACACAUUCAGUCUCUCUUUCUGCAUGUCCAAUCUAGUCCAUCACUUUUUCUGUGAUGUGCCAGUAGUCAUGGCUCUCUCUUGCUCUGAUAGAUAUGUCAGUGAGCUGGUUCUUGUUGUUGUAGCAAGCUUCAACAUCUUUUUUGCUCUCCUCAUUAUCUUGAUUUCCUAUCUGUUCAUAUUUAUCAACCUGAAGAUGCACUCAGCUGACGGAUAUCAGAAGGCUCUAUCCACCUGUGCUUCUCACCUCACUGCAGUGUCCAUCUUUUAUGGGACAGUCAUCUUCAUGUACUUACAGCCCAACUCCAGCCAUUCCAUGGACACAGACAAAAUCGUAUCUGUGUUCUAUUCUAUGGUCAUUCCCAUGCUGAAUCCCCUGGUCUAUAGCUUGAGAAACAAGGAGGUUAAAAAUGCAUUCAAGAAGGUGGUUGAGAAGGCGAAAUUGUCUGCAGGCUUUACCUCUUAA